AUGUCAAGGUAUUCAACAGCAGCAGCUGAACGACUUCCACCUAUUGCAAGUUUUGAAGGAACCGCGACGACUGUUUCGCGCUCAAAUACACCUGUUCUUCCACCAGUCUCCUGCAUCGUACCUCAACCAACUUCGCUCUUGUCGCCAAUUCACACGACAUUAAGUGGAUUCUCAAGUCCCGAAUUCACCUCUCCUCAUUCAACUCCGCUUACUUAUCAUCAUCAACCAACAACUUCUCCUACAACCCCAACAUCCAAUGGUUAUUUCCAUUACCAUCAAGACGCGACGAUGUUACCAUAUGAACAACGACGACCCGAGAAGAGACGACGUAAUGCAGGUGCUUCAGCGCGCUUUCGUGAUCGACGAAAGCAACGUGAACGCGACAUGCAAGAGAAAUGUCAAUUCCUUGAAAGACGCGUUCAGGAAUUGGAAAGUAUGGAUACCGCAAAACGAAUAAGUGAAUUGGAACGAAGACUGGAGGAAGCAAAUUCAGAGAAACAUGAUGCCAAAUCGAAAAUUCGUGAAUUGGAAGAAGAGAUUCAUCACCUUCGGUCACAGUUAUCGGUUCACGAUUAUCUUACGCCGUCGUCUUCAUCGGGCGAGUCAGACACGAAAGAAUACUAUUCACCGCAAUCUCGGUCUUCGCGAGCUUCUUCAUUAUCUUUUGAACAACAAUCAAAUCAUCAAUAUAAACAGCAACAACAGCAACAAUAUCAUAAUCAAUAUCAACAGCAGCAUCACACUCGACUACCGAAGCCGACGGAUGUCCAAUCGCUAUUAUCAUAA